AUUUGCAAACAUUGGAUAUUCAUAUUGGUUCACAAAGAGGAGGCUUAAAAAGAAGUUAAGCAAAUGAACUUUCAAUAUUUAGGAAUACCUCGUUGUGUAUUCUAUAAGAAUACCUCCUCAUAGAAAAAAUGGGUUAAUUGCUGCUAUUAAUACUUUUUAUUUGAAAAAAAAAAUGAAACUCGCCUCUUUAAGCAAGAGAUACAUGCACCUAUCGUUGAGCGAAAUGUUUGAGUGCAUAUGCAUAUAAGAUGUUAUGAUGUGUUGUAAAUUGUAAGGGACAUGCUGUUACUGCCUUCAACAUCAAAGGAUAUAAUUUCUGAGAAGACUAGAUUCUGGAACUGUUUAUUUGUUCCUUAUUCUUCUGUGGAAUGGAUUAGAACUAUCUUUGUUGCUAGUGAACAAGUGUUAAGAGCAGCAUUAAUUUAAACAUGGAAGGGGAGAACCUAGUAGUAGUAAGUACUGAAAUCCCAGUGAAGGAAGCUGUUGGGGACACUGAAACUGUUGCCAAGCCUGUUAAGGCCUCAAAUGGAGACUUGCCGCAAGUAGAAAAGGAAGGAAAGAAAGUAGAAGAAGAAGAAGAAACCACCUUGGAUGGGGAGUUCAUUAAAGUAGAAAAGGAAGCAUUAGAUGUGAAGGAUGGUUCUAAUGUGGCUAAUCCCACAUCCGUGCGGGAUAAUGAAUCAACCUUCAUGGAAAGAAGCUUAAGCAAUUCAAGUAGAGAACUGCUUGAAGCCCAAGAAAAGUUGAAAGAACUCGAGCUUGAAUUGGAAAAAGUGACUGGAGCAUUAAAGCACUCUGAAUCAGAAAAUAGCAGAUUGAAGGACGAAGUUUUGCUUGCAAAGGAGAAGUUGGAUGAAGGGGGAAAGAAGUAUGAUGAACUUGAUCUCAAUCACAAGAAAUUGCAAGAGCAGAUCAUUGAAGCUGAGCAGAGAUACAAUUUACAGCUAACCCAUAUGCAAGAGGCUCUGCAAACUCAAGAGGCAAAACAGAAGGAACUCACUGAACUAAAGGAAGCAUUUGAUGGUCUCAACAUUGAGAUUGAAAACUCAAGAAAGAGGAUGCAAGAGUUGGAAAAGGAUCUGCACAGUUCUGCAGAAGAGGCACGGAAGUUUGAAGAACUGCACAAAAAAAGUGGUUCACAUGCUGAGUCUGAGGCACAGAGGGCUCUGGAGUUUGAGAGAUUGCUUGAAACUGCAAAACUUAGUGCAAGAGAAAUGGAAGAUCAGAUGGCCUCCCUGAAGGAAGAAGUCAAGGGCCUGCAUGAGAACGUUGCUGAAAAUCAGAAGGUCAAUGAAGCACUUCAAAGCACAAUAACUGAACUUUCUGCUGCUCGGGAGGAGUUGGCACUUUCUAAAUCACUAGUGUUGGAUUUGGAGCUAAGACUUAGUUCAAAAGAAGCUCUUAUUAAUGGACUGACUGAAAAGUUGGACCUGAAAGGGGCUUCAGAAUCCAAGGUGAAGGAAGAUUUCUCAACUCUUGAGAAUAUUUUCACUGCAACUAAAGAAGAUCUUCAAGCAAAGGUUUCUGAGUUGGAAGAUAUGAAGCUGAAACUGGACGAGGAAGUGAAAGCAAGGGAAUUGGUUGAAGCUGGGCUGAAGGCCCAACAAGAACAACUCUCGAUUGUACAGGAAGAAUUAAGUAAAGUACUAAAAGAUAAAGAAGAUCAGAUGGCCUCCCUGAAAGAAGAACUCAAGGGCCUGUAUGAGAAGGUUGCUGAAAAUCAGAAGCUCGAUGAAGCACUUCGAAGCACAGUAGCUGAACUUUCUGCUGCUCAAGAGGAGUUGGCACUUUCUAAGUCACUAGUGUUGGAUUCGGAGCAAAGGCUUAAUUCAAAAGAAGCUCUUAUUAAUGAACUGACUGAAGAGUUGAACCUGCAAAAGGCUUCAGAAUCCAAGGUGAAGGAAGAUAUCUCAACUCUUGAGAAUAUUUUUACUGCAACUAAAGAAGAUCUUCAAGCAAAGGUUUCUGAGUUGGAAGAUAUGAAGCUGAAACUGGACGAGCAAGUGAAAGCAAGGGAAUUGGUUGAAGCUGGGCUGAAGGCCCAACAAGAACAGGUCUCGAUUGUACAGGAAGAAUUAAGUAAAGUACUAAAGGAAAAAGAAGAUCAGAUGGCCUCCCUGAAGGAAGAAGUGAAGGGCCUGAAUGAGAAGGUUGCUGAAAAUCAGAAGGUCGAUGAAGUACUUCAAAGCACAAUAGCUGAACUUUCUGCUGCUCGGGAGGAGUUGGCACUUUCUAAAUCACUAGUAUUGGAUUGGGAGCAAAGGCUUAAUUCAAAAGAAGCUCUUAUUAAUGAACUGACUGAAGAGUUGGACCUAAAAAGGGCUUCAGAAUCCAAGGUGAAGGAAGAUAUCUCAACUCUCGAGAAUAUUUUUACUGCAACUAAAGAAGAUCUUCAAGCAAAGGUUUCUGAGUUGGAAGAUAUGAAGCUGAAACUGGACGAGGAAGUGAAAGCAAGGGAAUUGGUUGAAGCUGGGCUGAAGGCCCAACAAGAACAGGUCUCGAUUGUACAGGAAGAAUCAAGUAAAGUACUAAAGGAAAAAGAAGAUCAGAUGGCCUCCCUGAAGGAAGAAGUGAAGGGCCUGAAUGAGAAGGUUGCUGAAAGUCAGAAGGUCGAUGAAGCACUUCAAAGCACAAUAGCUGAACUUUCUGCUGCUCGGGAGGAGUUGGCACUUUCUAAAUCACUAGUACUGAAUUUGGAGAAAAGACUAAAUUCAAAAGGAGCUCUUAUUAAUGAACUGACUGAAGAGUUGGACCUGAAAAAGGCUUCAGAAUCCAAGGUGAAGGAAGAUAUCUCAACUCUUGAGAAUAUUUUUACUGCAACUAAAGAAGAUCUUCAAGCAAAGGUUUCUGAGUUGGAAGUUAUCAAGCAUAAACUAGACGAGGAAGUGAAAGCAAGGGAAUUGGUUGAAGCUGGGCUGAAGGCCCAACAAGAACAGGUCUCGAUUGUACGGGAAGAAUCAAGUAAAGUACUAAAAGAAAAAGAAGAUCGGAUGGCCUCCCUGAAGGAAGAAGUGAAGGGCCUGUAUGAGAAGGUUGCUGAAAAUCAGAAGGUCAAUGAAGCACUUCAAAGCAGAAUAGCUGAACUUUCUGCAGCUCAGGAGGAGUUGGCACUUUCUAAAUCACUAGUACUGAAUUUGGAGGAAAGACUUAAUUCAAAGGAAGCUCUUGUUAAUGAACUGACUGAAGAGUUGGACCUGAAAAAGGCUUCAGAAUCCAAGGUGAAGGAAGAUAUCUCAACUCUUGAGAAUAUUUUUACUGCAACUAAAGAAGAUCUUCAAGCAAAGGUUUCUGAGUUGGAAGUUAUCAAGCAUAAACUAGACGAGGAAGCGAAAGCAAGGGAAUUGGUUGAAGCUGGGCUGAAGGCCCAACAAGAACAGGUCUCGAUUGUACGGGAAGAAUCAAGUAAAGUACUAAAAGAAAAAGAAGAUCGAAUGGCCUCCCUGAAGGAAGAAGUGAAGGGCCUGUAUGAGAAGGUUGCUGAAAAUCAGAAGGUCAAUGAAGCACUUCAAAGCAGAAUAGCUGAACUUUCUGCAGCUCAGGAGGAGUUAGCACUUUCUAAAUCACUAGUACUGAAUUUGGAGGAAAGACUUAAUUCAAAGGAAGCUCUUGUUAAUGAACUGACUGAAGAGUUGGACCUGAAAAAGGCUUCAGAAUCCAAGGUGAAGGAAGAUAUCUCAACUCUUGAGAAUAUUUUUACUGCAACUAAAGAAGAUCUUCAAGCAAAGGUUUCUGAGUUGGAAGUUAUCAAGCAUAAACUAGACGAGGAAGUGAAAGCAAGGGAAUUGGUUGAAGCUGGGCUGAAGGCCCAACAAGAACAGGUCUCGAUUGUACGGGAAGAAUCAAGUAAAGUACUAAAAGAAAAAGAAGAUCGGAUGGCCUCCCUGAAGGAAGAAGUGAAGGGCCUGUAUGAGAAGGUUGCUGAAAAUCAGAAGGUCAAUGAAGCACUUCAAAGCAGAAUAGCUGAACUUUCUGCAGCUCAGGAGGAGUUGGCACUUUCUAAAUCACUAGUACUGAAUUUGGAGCAAAGACUUAAUUCAAAGGAAGCUCGUAUUAAUGAACUGACUGAAGAGUUGGACCUGAAAAAGGCUUCAGAAUCCAAGGUGAAGGAAGAUAUCUCAACUCUUGAGAAUAUUUUUACUGCAACUAAAGAAGAUCUUCAAGCAAAGGUUUCUGAGUUGGUAGAUAUGAAGCUGAAACUGGACGAGGAAGUGAAAGCAAGGGAAUUGGUUGAAGCUGGGUUGAAGGCCCAACAAGAACAGGUCUCCAUCGUACAGGAAGAAUUAAGUGAAGUACUAAAAGAAAAAGAAGCUCUAGAAACAGCCUUGGCAGAUCUCAACAGUAAUGCAGCACAGAUGAAAGAGUUGUGCAGCGAACUUGAAGAAAAAUUGAAGCUUUCAGAUGAGAAUUUCUGUAAAACUGAUUCUCUUUUGUCUCAGGCUCUGUCUAAUAAUGAGGAGCUUGAAAAGAAAUUGAAAUCUCUGGAGGCGCUCCGUAGUGAAUCUGGAGCCAUUGCAGCAACUGUUACUCAAAAGAAUAUUGAGCUGGAGAAUGUGCUUCGGGCUUCAAAUGAAGCAGCAGAAGACGCAAAAGUGAAACUGAGGGAGCUUGAGGCACGGUUUAUAGCAGCUGAGCAGAGGAAUGUGGAGCUUGAACAACAGUUAAAUUUGGUAGAACUAAAAGGCUUUGAAGCUGAGAAAGAAGUGAAGGAAUUCUCUGGGAAAAUAUCUGAACUUACCAUCAAGCUGGGAGCAGUUGAAGAAGAAAAGAAGCUACUGAACGAUCAAAUGCAGGAAUAUGAGGAGAAGGUAAAGCAGCUAGAAUCAACACUAGAUCAGUCAGCAAUGCAAAACUCAGAGCUUGCACAGGAGUUGAAGAUUGCGGUGGAGAAAAGUGCUCAACAUGAGGACCGAGCUAAUAUGAGUCAUCAGCGCAGCCUUGAGCUAGAGGAUCUGUUCCAGAUCUCUCAUUCCAAAUUAGAGGGUGCCGACAAGAAGGUCAAUGAGUUGGAGUUGUUGCUUGAAGCAGAGAAGUACAGGAUUCAGGAACUUGAAGAACAGAUAAGUAAAUUAGAAAAGAAGUGUGGGGAGGCAGAAGCUGAGUCCACUAGGUACUCUGAAAAGGUAACUGAACUUGCAUCCAAACUUGAGGCAUUCCAAGCUAGAACAUCCAGCCUUGAUAUUGCAUUGCAAAUAGCGAAUGAGAAGGAAAAGGAAUUGACAGGGUGCUUAAAUUUAGCAACAGAUGAGAAGAAAAAGUUAGAAGAGACAUCCCAAUACUCCAGUGAAAAGCUUGCUGAAGCAGAAAAUCUGGUGGAAAUCUUGAGGAGCGAUUUAAAUCUGACACAACAGAAGUUAGAAAGCAUUGAAAAUGAUCUUAAGGCUGCUGGUUUGAGAGAAAGUGAGGUAAUGGAAAAGCUCAAAUCUGCUGAAGAGCAACUAGAGCAACAUGUAAGAGUAUUAGAGCAAACUAGUGCAAGAAACUCAGAGCUUGAGUCAUUACAUGAAUCUCUAACAAGGGAUUCAGAGCUUAAGCUCCAAGAACUGAUGGAAAACUUGACCAACAAGGAUUCAGAGACGAAAUCUCUGUUUGAGAAACUUAAAUUGUUUGAAGAUCAGAUAAAGGUCUAUGAAGAACAGGUUGCUCGAGCAGCUGGAGAGUCUGCAGCUCUAAAAGAAGAACUGGAUCAGAGUUUAAUGAAACUGGCUUCGAUAGAAAGCACAAAUGAACAGCUGAGAAAAGAGAUACUGGAAGUAGAAAAUAAAGCUCUUCAGUCUUCAUCAGAGAAUGAAAUUGUAGUUCAGACAAACAUUCAGCUCGAGAGCAGAGUUGAUGAACUUCAAGAAUUGCUUAAUUCAGCUGUUUCUGAGAAGGAAGUAACUGCUCAAGAGAUUGCUUCUCAUCUGUACACAAUUAGAGAAUUAUCUGAUCAGCAUACAAGGGCCUCAGAACUUAGAGCUGAAGCUGAAGCCCGAAUUGUUGAAGCAGAAGCACGAUUACAUGAAGCUGUUGAGAAAUACACUAAAAAGGAAUUAGAAGCUAAUGACCUGAUUGAAAAGUUGAAUGUGCUUGAAGGCCAAAUUAAAACAUAUGAAAAACAAGCUCAUGAAGCUUCCACAAUUGCUGUAUCUCGAAAAGUUGAGGUGGAAGAGACUCUUCAAAAAUUAAAGCAGCUGGAAAGCUUUGUUGAGGAACUGCAAACCAAGUCAGCUCACUUUGAAAAGGAGAGUGGAGGACUAGCUGAGGCGAAUUUGAAGCUGACUGAGGAACUUGCCACUUAUGAGUCAAAACUUAGUGAUUUGGAGGGAAAACUGGCUGCAGCCCUGACAGAGAAAGAUGAAACAUCUGAACAACUUCACACUUCAAAGAAGGCUAUAGAAGAUUUAACACAGCAGAUUACUUCUGAAGGACAGAGAUUGCAAUCUCAGAUUUCUUCACUAAUGGAAGAGAAUAACCUGCUCAAUGAAACACAUCAGAAUACAAAGAUGGAACUUCAGUCUCUACUAUCACAGCUAGAAGAGCAAUUGAAAGAUGAAAAAGAAAAUGAGGAAUCUCUAAAAUUGGAGAUUAGAAAUCUCAAGGUCGAGAUUGCGGAGAGUUCCUUGGUGCAAAUUCGUGUCAAAGAACUUGAAGAACAGUUGGUGACAGUUGAAACUCAAUUGAAAGAAGAGGUUGAAAGUGUUAAGACAGCUGCCUCUGUAAGAGUGGCUGAAUUAACUUCAAAAUUAGAGGAUCAUGCACAAAAAAUCAGUGAUAGAGAUGUUAUCAAUGAACAGGUGCUUCAACUUCAAAGAGAUUUAGACCUCGCUCAAACAACCAUUGCUCAACAGAAAGAGGCAGAUUCUCAGAAAGAGUUGGAACGAGAAGCAGCUUUAAAGCAUUCACUUGAAGAGCUUGACGCCAAAAGGAAAGAAGCAUUACUUCGCGAGAAGCAGGUCAAAGAGUUAAAGGAUAAAUUGCAAGUGGCUGAAGCUAAAGUGAAGGGUGAUAGCAGUGCAGCCGAAAUGAAGGGUGGCGUAGAGGUGAAAUCCAGGGAUAUUGAUGGAUUAACUUUUUCAGCACCAUCAAAACGUAAGAGUAAGAGAAAGUCAGAAGCAGCUGCCUCCUCUUCCUCAUCAGUUACCCACACUGAGGCUUCUGCUUUGACAAGCUUAAAGUUCAUCAUGGGAGUAGCCUUUGUGUCCGUGAUCAUUGGUGUGAUUCUGGGCAAGCGUUAUUAGUUAGGGUUUUUUGUGUUUUUGCCCCCUUCGUUGAUUUUCGUUUGAAUUUUCCUUUUUCAUGCAAGUUAUGCACCGCAGAAUGGAAAGCUUUAUUUUUGUG